UCUUUCAGCGUACACAUCACACUCAGAACUUUGUACUAAACUUUUACAUAGGAGAAUUUAAAAUAUAAUCAUUUACAAUCUUGACCUUACUAAAACAAAAAAAAAUCAAAACCACAAAAAUUGUCUUAUCGCAAAAAGAGUUUUCAAUUCCAAUUUCGACAUACAUAUUUAUUCAUAAAAGAUGACCAAGAAUACCACGACGUGGCGACCAAGGGUCGCAACCGCCGUAGUGAUGACAGUUUUUAUUCUUUUCUGGUACAAAAUAGCGUCGUGGCUACCGCCUAAAAAUUCUAACAGUGAUUCGAAACACCUCAACGGUUCCUCGUCCAGCGUAAUGAUUUCAGUCCCGAUUGAGACGGUCAUGUCUGGAGAACCCGUCCAACUGGGGCAGGAUGAUUCUCGCGUUUCGAAAUUCAUCUGGGAUCACGGAUAUCUCCAACCCGCUUCAAAAUUAGGGUACAACUUGACCUCGGGAGAUAAAGACCCUUCGAUGGGGCAGGGGCAGAUGAUUCGGAAAAUUUUCAAAAAUAUGACAGGUGGAUUCUUCGUUGAGUGUGGAGGUUUAGAUGGCGAGACGAGAUCAAACACUUUAUUUCUUGAGAAAGAGCUUGGAUGGAAGGGGCUGCUGGUCGAAGCUGAUCCAAAAAACUAUGCGUUGCUCAUGCAGAAACAGAGAAAAGCUUGGGCAUCAAACUCAUGUUUAGCAACGAAGCCGUAUCCUCACAAGGUCGUUUUUCAACAAGAUUUCAAUACUGGCCGAAUUAAGGACGACUCUUCCAAAUUGGUUCCAAAGCGGAAAAAGAAAAUGGAGGAAACUUUGGUGCAAUGUUUCCCAAUCUACUCGCUCCUUUCUGCCCUCUCAGUGACCACCGUUGAUUACUUUAGUUUGGACGUGGAAGGUGCCGAAAUGGAGGUGCUGGCAACUAUCCCGUUCGAUAAAGUAUUUAUUAAGACUUUGUCCGUUGAAUUUAAUCACGUAGGGGUGGGGAAAGAUGCCCUCAGAAAGGUGAUGGAAGACAAGGGAUAUGUCAUCGUGGGUCAAGUCAAACAUAGUCGGAAUUGGGCCAACGAUUUUAUAUUUGUGCACAACAGCCUUCAUCAACUCAUCGCAGCAGCGGCUGAAGAAGAACAAUAGUACUUUUAUUGUGUAGAUAGAUUAGUGAUGGUAAUAAAAAAUUGUACUGAAUUAAAUAA